AUGAAUGCCGUCGACGCGUCGUCGCACGAGGAGGUGGCCGACACAGCAGAGGCUCCAUCCCUGCUGACCAUCAUCCUCGACACCAACCCUCACGCCUGGAACCUGCUCUCAUCCACUGUCCCGCUAUCCACCUUGGUCGCAAACCUCCUUGUCUUCAUCAACGCCCACCUGGCUAUCAACAACUCGAAUCAAGUCGCCGUCAUCGCCUCACAUUCAGAUAGCGCCCGCUUCCUCUAUCCCACCACCCACGAUGACCUCCAACUCCCUCACGGUCACACCAACGACAUUCAGAAUGACGCAAACAAAUACCGUCCCUUUUCGCAAUUGGAACAGGCCUUGACCACGAAUCUACGCGCUCUCCUCACCACAACAACCCCCGAACACCUCAAAACCUCAACAUCAACAAUGCUAUCUGGCGCCCUCACCCUCGCACUCACCUACAUGGCCAAAGCCACCCUGAACGAUCCAGCAAGAGCAGGAGACGGCUCCUACGACUCGACAAACACCGCCGGCGCCUUCACAACCGCCACCGCAGACGGCACAUCCCAACCCAGCCACACCGGCCUUCAAAGCCGCAUCCUGAUCCUCAGCGUCAGCGGCGACAUAGCCGAUCAAUACAUUCCCAUCAUGAACAGCAUCUUUGCAUGCCAACGCCUCGCCGUCCCUAUCGAUAUCUUGACUUUAUCCCCACAUUCGAAUCCAGAGUUUUUGCAACAGGCUGCUGAUGCGACGGGGGGUGUGUAUAUGGCUUUGGGUCAGCGUGUGGCUGGGCUGCUGCAGGUGCUUAUGAUGGGCUAUUUGCCUGAUGCUACUGCAAGACUCAAUCUCAUCAAGGCUGGUGAGAGCGAGGGUGUAGAUUUCCGCGCUGCGUGCUUUUGUCAUCGCAAUAUUGUCGAUCUGGGUUAUGUGUGCAGUAUCUGCUUAUCGAUCUUUUGCCAACCGCCUCCAGACAACAACUGUCUCACUUGUGGCACGGCAUUGUCACUAUCAGGCCAUGCUGCGAAACCAGUGGUGAUCCCACGUAAAAAGAAGAAGAAGAGGAAGCUCGAUGGGACCGUCUCUGCUGCGGACUCGCCAACGCCCGGUCCUGACACUCCGAGAUGA